AGGACGACAUUUAACGCGGACCAAGAUGGCGGAAAAACAAAGCUAAUGCUAAAAUGAAACGCAUGUGUGUAAUAAACUCGCAAUUCAGCAUCUUUUCAAGUGGGAAUGUCCUCUAUACAUCGAGAGACAUCACCACCCCCUCCCGUUUUUUCGGACAAAACAUUCAGGAAAGUUAAUGUUACAGUAAAGUGACAAAACCAACUGAAUUUGACAACGAAGAUAAACAUUCACGUUAGCUAACGCUAAUUCAACACUAGCUGACCGGACUUCUCAACGGCUCAUCAUGUGGGGGGAAAUCGAUGCUCCGGUUAGAACCCGACCAAGCUCGUGCGAGAGUGAAGACGAGGGCGAGUUACCAGAAGAACACGUGACACAGUCCCACAUAUGUGCUUUCCAACGCCCCACGGAGGCUCCGCAACCACGACAGGACCCCCAGUACGUGAGCCAGGCCGAGUCGAUCUGUGUGAAUGCCAUGGUGGACGCCAUAGCCGCCAGCGGGAUCAUGGUGAAGAGCCAGCAGAAGGGGGAGGCCGAGCUGACCCUGGAGGAGCGCCGGGAGGAGCUGCUGCAUCAGUACAGCAGCAGGCCGCUGGUGUUCUUGGAGAGGUACCAUACCUGCCUCAAGCCCAGGAACCUGUCUGCGUUCGCCCACGUCAUUUCCGACCCGCGGGUUCUUCACUACAGCGAUGUGAUACAGAGACGGGCUGCAGCCUUCAGCAAUAGGACGCGGGUUCGAAACCAGCGCUAUGCCGCCCUCAGAGCCCUGCAGAGGGAGGGGGAGUAUUUCAGUGAGGAGCAGAUGAGGAUCAGGGAGCCGCUGUUGUAUGAACAAUAUAUUGGCCAGUACCUGACUGACGAGGAGGUGCUGGAACGCUCCCAGGAGGCCAUGCAGGGCGAUGCACAGGGGGGGCCAGGGGCACCAGCGGGAGGCGCAGGAGGGCUCGCCCACCUCCUCCUUAACUCCUACCAGGAGCGUCUCAUCCAGAAUCGCCUGCAGGAGGAGCAGGAGAGAGAGGAUGGAGCGCGGGAGGAGGAGGAGGAGGAUGAGGACGAUGGUUAUACUGUGCAGCAGAAGCAAUGGGCACCAACCCCAGAGGAGAAGGCACUGCUCAGGGAGGAGUUCAUCAGCCAGAUGCACCAGCGCUUCCUAGAUGGCAAAGACAAGGAUUUCAACUACAGUGAGGUGGAUGAGAACCCUGACUUCGACAACUUGGACAUAGUCAGCAGAGAUGCAGAAGAUAAAUAUUUUGAUGAAGAUGACGACGAAGAGGAAGAGGAGGAGGAAGAAGAAGAAGAAAUGGGGGAGGAGGAGAAGAUGGAAAAUGAUGGAGACAAUAUGACUGAAUAGGGUUUGUAGUAGCAAUAGUACAAAUUUGCUGCUUUAAAUGAUCUGUAAAUACAAAUGUACAAAAUAAGAACAUGCAUACUUUUUUAUUUUACAUAUAGAACAAAUCAUUUUUCAACAACUUUUAGGUUCGUUAAGAAAUGGAUUAUACAAACCCGAACUGCGUUGGAUCUCCUAUGGCCAGUACAAAUGAGAAAUUAAAAAAAAAGUUGAUUUGUUUUUUAAUUCAAGUAUAAACCCAGACUUAGGGGGAUCAUUAGGGACCCCAC